CUUCAGCAUCAAGAUACGUUCGUUUCAUUGUUUAUAACAUCGUCGCAAUACCAGAUACCUUGUUUCUGACGACAUAAUUGUGCAAUGGCACCCCUAUGUAGAUACUGGAAACAAGGAAAUUGUCGGAAUGGAGCGUCCUGUCGUUUCGAGCAUCCAAAUGCGAACAACCAGAACCCAUUCGGAGCUCCCAAUGCCAAUACCAACAGAUUUAGCGCUUUAAAUACGACGAACAACCAACCGAAAGAAAUCGAUUACAAGCUCGACCGAGGAGCUCUAAGAUGGGAUUUAAACGAAGGCCUACCGGAAUGGCUCUUGUCCUGCUACUGUCCUGGAGUUGACACUCCUGAUCAAUUGUUUGGCGGAUACCCCCGAGAACAAAGUCCCGAAGAAGUGAGGUUGUAUAUUAUGAGCUCGGGCAAUCCCCAACAAGCUGAAGCGGAAGUAAAAGGUCUCAUCCAGGCGGCCGAACAGCAAAAUCGGACAGCCUUCAACGAUCCCGAUGGCGCCAUUAAAUUUAUUUUAUCGGCCGCGGACAAACAUCCCAAUCGCAUAGACAUCUGCAAGCAGAGCUCCCCAGAUCCCAUGAGCGGAAUUUUCCUAAGAAAAGCUGUUGCCAGUUCUGAGGCCGGUUUUUCGAAUCCCAUUGCGUCGCAACCUUUUUCGUCGGCUUCUAGUCAAAGUGCCUUUGGCGGCGCUUCAUCUGCGUUUGGCCAGCCGUCGGCAUUGGGACAGAAACCCAAUCCUUUCGGUGCUCCCUCUAUUUCCGCUAGUACCCAACCACCCACCAUGGGAUCAUCCAAUUCUGUGUUCGGACAGCCCUCGCAACCAGGCGGCGGCGCUCCUGCUUUCGGACAACCAUCAGCUCUGGGCCAAAAGCCGAAUCCGUUCGCUGCCGCGAUGUCUUCGGCGUCUAAUGCGUUCGGUCAAGCUGCUCAAAGCACAUUUGGGCAGCCGUCAGCUUUAGGGCAGCGGCCAAAUCCUUUUGCUGCACCAACACAACCAGCAGCAUCUGCACCAAACCCUUUCUCUUCACAACCGGCCCCAGCGACUUCAGCGCCGAAUCCGUUUAGCCAGCCGGCAGCAACUAAUCCCUUUGCCCAAGCCACGAACACAACGUCUGCCGACCAAGCAAUGGAUACUUCGGCACCUUCCCCGGCCCCACAGGCUGCCAACAAUCCUUUCGGAAAGCCAUCAGCUUCUCCAUCUCCCUUCGGAGCGCCGGCCAAUAAUGUAUUCGGUGCGCAGAAGUCGCCCGGAUUCGGGGCCGCAACUGCUAACCCCUUUGCUCGAGUGCAAACACAACCUCAAGCACAGCCGCAGAUACAACCGCAACCUCAGGCAACACUACAAAUGGCACAAAACGCACAAAGCCAGAAAGCACCUGUACCCAAAGGCAACCCAUAUAGGCCGAAUAGUACAAGGCAGCACCCUCCUCCAGAAAGCUACAUAAACCAACAGCCGAAUGGACGUAUUGUAUCGUUUAACGGGCAGCCAGUGAUUUACAAGUGGGGGGUGGACGAUAAAUACUACGAUACAAUGCCGCAUGGAACUACCGGGGCACGUCCAGUCCCUGGUGUACAGAAUGGGGACGGUUCGUGGCGUAAGAUUUUGUUCCCUGGCGGCCCGCCUGCUUACAACAAAGACACGGAACCGGACACUUCGUUAUAUUCAGCAGCGAUUAAGGAGGCAUACGCUACGAUGACUGCCACUGGCAGGUUUAACGGACAUAUGCCUGAAGUACCUCCAAUGAGGGAGGAUUGCCUGUGGAAUUUUUAGAAAUAAGGCAUGGAUUGCUUGAGGAGUCGUCAUGUAUUGAUAGGCGUGUUUUAUAGGGGGGCACCUGUGGAAUGAUUCCAGUCACGACUACGAUAGCACUUAGACGGUAAAAACUAGAUACCCCGGAGUUGGAAUGGAUCACGCAUAGAAUCAAUUAGAAAAGCGAUUCUUACUGGAAACAAUAAAUCAUGUUUAACCCAU